UUCUGUCAACAAUUUCAUUCUGCAUUUUGAAAUUAGAAGUGGCAUGCAUGUUACAUAAACUUGAAAUUGAAUGCAAUAGAAAUUUUUUCUUACUGAUACCUACUCUAUUAUGACUUCUCAAGCUAUAAGAACUGGUGUGAAACACGUUAAACCAAUUCUAUCAGUAGAUAGGGACGAAGCCAAAAAAAGAGUUCUGAAUUUGUAUAGGGCCUGGUAUAGACAACUGCCAUACAUAGUGAAAAGAUACGAUAUUCCUAAAACGGAAGAGCAAUGCCGUGAUCAACUAAGAUCCGAAUUCAUGAAACACAAGGAUGUCAAAGAUAUACGAGUUAUUGAUAUGUUGGUUAUCAAGGGACAAAUGGAGCUCAAGGAGACUGUGAAUAUUUGGAAGCAGAAAGGUCAUAUUAUGGCUUACUUCAAAGAUACAAUUGAGCCUAAACCAAAAGAUUUCUUGUCCAAGUUUUUAUCUUAAAGAAUAUUUGUUGAGGUAAUAGAAGGAAUGUGAAGUAGAAUAUAAUGUAACUCAAAAGGUA